AUGGCACUCGUAGGAACCCUUCUGUUCUGCACAGACUGUGGCAGCAUCCUCGCACGUUGUCCACCAGACCAGGACUUGAUCAAAUGCGACAUGUGCUCGGCGCUGAAUAAGAACAAAUGGCCCGCCUCUCAGAAGACUACCAGUGCCCCUGAUGCAUUCCCUUCUCGCCUGUUCGACAAGCGCUCGAACGUGCAGAUCUUGACUGCCGAGGACCGAGAUACCUGGGCCACAACACCAAAGGCUUGUCCCAAGUGCGACAAUGGCGAGUUGAAGUUUCGUGAUGUCCAGACACGUGGAGCGGAUGAGGGCAGCACUAUCUUCUACAAGUGCCCUGCUUGCGGCCAUGGAUUCAAGGAAGACAACUGA